AUGCAUCCCUAUGCUGCAUUCAUGAAAGGCUUACUCUCUGAGAAGAAGACCUUAAAGGGAGAUGAAACAGUGGUCAUGUCCAAGGAAUCCCUUUGUGAUCUUGGCUCAAAUAUCAAUCUGAUGCCCUUGUCUGUGAUGAAGAAGCUGCAAAUUCAAGAGGCACAGCCUACAAGAAUAGCACUGCAGAUGGCUGAUAAAUCUCUGAGGCAGGCACAUGGGCUAGUCGAGAAUGUCUUAGUCAAGGUUGGAGAGCUUUUCCUUCCUAUAGAUUUUGUGAUACUUGAUAUGGGAGAGGAUGCAAAUGACUCUAUCAUGCUCUGA